CCCGCCGGGUUUUCCCCCCCUUCCCGCCGGCCCGGCGCUCGCAGCCGCCCGUUAAAAGAGCAGGCAAGAUGGCCGAGCUGGGCAGCAAGGGGGUGACGGCCGGCAAGAUCGCCAGCAACGUCCAGAAGAAGCUCACCCGGGCGCAGGAGAAGGUCCUUCAGAAGCUUGGGAAAGCAGACGAAACAAAAGAUGAGCAGUUUGAACAGUGUGUGCAGAACUUCAACAAGCAGCUGUCUGAAGGCACGAGACUGCAGAAGGAUCUCCGAACUUACUUGUCUUCUGUAAAAGCUAUGCAUGAAGCCUCCAAGAAGCUGACGGAGUGUUUGCAGGAAGUUUAUGAGCCGGACUGGCCUGGGAGAGAUGACACAAAUAAAAUAGCAGAGAACAAUGAUCUCCUCUGGACAGAUUUCCAUCAGAAACUGGUGGAUCAGGCUCUUCUGACCAUGGAUACAUACCUUGGCCAAUUCCCAGAUAUCAAAUCUCGCAUAGCAAAGCGAGGAAGGAAGCUUGUGGAUUAUGACAGUGCCAGACACCACUUUGAAGCCCUGCAAACUGCAAAGAAGAAGGAUGAAACCAAAAUUGCGAAGGCUGAAGAAGAGUUAGUAAAGGCUCAGAAGGUGUUUGAAGAAAUGAACAUUGAUCUGCAGGAGGAGCUGCCUUCACUAUGGAAUAGUCGUGUUGGUUUCUACGUCAACACAUUCCAGAGUAUAGCAGGCCUAGAAGAAAACUUCCACAAAGAGAUGAGCAAGUUGAACCAAAACCUCCAUGAUGUCCUGCUGGGUCUAGACAAGCAGUACUCAGGCAAUGCCUUUCCCAUUAAAGCACAGCCCAGAAAGAAAACUAAACUGUUCGCCAGGCUGAGGAAAAAGAUGAGCAGGUACCGUGACAGCACCCCAGCGAAAGCAAAUAAAAGCCCCUCGCCUCCACCAGAUGGAUCUCCCAUCACCAGCCCUGAGACCAAGACUGUUAACCAUGAGCUGGAACCAUCCACUUUGGAAGCACCUGGGGCAAGCAUCCCAAAAUCACCAUCUCAGUUGAGGAAAGGGCCUCCGGUGCCUCCGCCUCCAAAAGUCACCCCUUCCAAGGAGAUCAAGCAGGAGAACAUCAUCAGUCUGUUUGAUGACAAUUUUGUCCCUGAGAUAAGUGUGACAACCCCCUCGCAGUUUGAUGCCCCUGGGCCCUUCCAGGAGGGAGCCAGCCUGUUGGAUCUGGAUUUUGAUCCCAUUAAACCAGAUGCCACUAUGGGGAAGACCCCCACACCUGCUUCUCAGUCUUUACCUUGGGAUUUAUGGGAGCCUACAGAAGCAGCCCAUGCAGGAGCUGAAGCAGCUGGAUCUGAAGCAGCAGCUGGAGCUGAAGCAUCUAAAACUGAAGGUGAUUCAGGAUCGAGCUCUCUGCCCGCUGUCGUUGUGGAGACUUUCCCUGCUACUGUCAAUGGCACUGUGGAAGGAGGCGCCUCCUCUGAAAGAGCUGACAUGCCACCAGGAUUUCUGUUCAAGGUCCAGGCUAUGCAUGAUUACACAGCUACCGACAGUGAUGAGUUGCAGCUGAAGGCCGGGGAUGUGGUGCUUGUGAUUCCAUUUGAGAACCCUGAGGAGCAGCUGGAUGUGGGUGCAACAGCCAUGAACUCGAGACUCUCCAGGCUGCAGAGGGAUGAAGGAUGGCUGAUGGGUGUGAAGGAGUCUGACUGGAUCCAGCAUAAGGAACUUGACCAAUGCCGAGGGGUUUUCCCAGAGAAUUUCACAGAGCGGGUGCAGUGAAAGCAUGAGCCUGCCAGCCACGUUUCUGCUGGAAGAAAGCAAGUUUUCUGGUAGAUAAUUGAAAAAGAGCAGUAAAAACAAAGAGAAUUUUAAAGGAACAGAAGCCUGAAAAAAUUGUCAACUUAAAGGGUGUGUGCUUUUCAAAGGGCAAGGUUUCAGAAGUAAAUUGCAAUUCAAAGCGUUAUCAAAAUAUAUAAAUACUACUACUACUAAGGCAGACCGAUUACGCUCUUCCUCCUUCGGUUUAACAGCGUUUGAAUUCAGAGGACUGACACAGAAGCAACUCAGUGUGGUUCUUUAAAUGCUGCAUUGACUGAAUUGGCGUGAUGUCAGUCCGACCCCUGGAAAGGCAGUGUUUGUCUGUUGGCUUGAGAGCUUUUGCUCUUGGGUGGGUUCACCUGUUUCGUCUUGAAGGUGGCUUGCAUGGCAACUAGAAAAAUUCAGCCUUCCCCACAAGAUCAACCUACAGUAGGCCAAACUUCCUGUGAUGCUGUUGAAAAAAAUAUUUAGUGUAUAGUGUUCACCAAUACAAUGUAUGUGUGUGUAUUUUAUUUUCUUCCUUUAAGACAGUGUUAUGCAAACUAAUUUUAUAUGUGUAGAGAAAGGAGAAACUACGUGGUAAUGACAUGGAGGUGAAAUGUGUCAAGCUGUGCUCAGUCCAAAGUUCUUUCAACUGCAAGCAUUAAAUUCUCACAGUAGUGUAUUGGCCUGCGAGAGCUAAAGGGAAUGGAGGAAUUGAAGAGGACAAACAAGACAAAAUGAGCAGAUGCCAUCUACCUGAUGGGAAUGAUGCCCUGCCCCUACAAGCCCUGUAGGCACUUUCAGAAGAGUUUAAAUUCGUGUAGAUGGAAGAUAGCACUCAAAUCUGAAAGGAAAAUGUGUUUCUAAAGAAAAUUUAAAGAAAAAUAUUCUUCUGAAAGGAUGUCUUAAGAGAAAAA